AUGAAUGCAAGGAUAGUAGGAAGUGGUGAUACAACCCUUGUUCUCUCCCAUGGCUAUGGAGGUAGCCAAUCAAUGUGGGACUAUGUGCUCCCUAGCCUGUCACAAAGCAAUAGAGUUCUUCUCUUUGAUUGGAGCUUCUCGAGUGCUGUUGAUCCUUCAAUAGAGAUCUUUGACUCAUUGAAGUAUUCAUCUCUUAAUGACUUUGCUGAUGAUCUCAUAUCUUUGUUGGAUGAGAUGAUGAUGGAGGGUGUGGUUUACGUGGGUCAUUCUGUGGCUGCCAUGGUUGGUUGCAUUGCUUCUGUUAGAAGGCCUGAACUUUUUAGUCAUCUUGUGCUCAUUGCAGCUUCUCCUAGGUACCUGAACACGGAUGAUUACAAGGGGGGGUUCGAACAGAAGGACAUUGAAAGCAUGCUUUCCUCCAUCAAGUCAAAUUUUGCCACGUGGGCAAAGAAUUUUGCUCCCGUCGCCGUGGGGGCCACCAACCCUGAAGCUACAGAGAAAUUUUGCGCUAGCUUUCUAAACAUGAGGCCGGAAACUGCGCUCUCAGUUGCAAAAUCUAUAUUUCUAUCUGAUUGGAGAGAAAUCUUAGGGGAAGUAGAGAUUCCAUGCACCAUAGUCCAAGGAGAUAAUGAUAUUUGCGUUCCUGUGUCUGUUGCAAAUUAUAUGAAGAGCAAGAUUAAGGGGGAGGUGAUGAUGGUUGAGAUUGUUGAGGGUGAUGGCCACUUCCCCCAGCUUACUUCUCCUAAGAGGCUGCUUGAUGUCAUUGAGAGAGUUUUGGUGUUAAUUAAACUAGUGUGAACACCUUUUUUUCUCUCGCUACAGUAAUCCCGGUUUUACCCGUUUUUUAUUUUUUGAACA